UAAGGAGGUUUUCUUUUUUUUGAACCAAAGAAGUAAAAGUGAGUUAAAAUAGUAAUUAAAGAUGUGGGGGACACUCUAGUACUUGUACUAGUAUUCUUACCAACCUACUCAACUAGUGUACUACUACUACUACACACUACAUUAUAGUAAACAAAAAAAUGAAAAGAAAAAAAAAAGAGAAAGAGAGAAGUUGAAGCCGUACUCUUCUUUCUCCAUCACUUUUUCAUUUAUUAUUAUUAAUAAUUUUGAUUUAAUAUUUAACCCAUUACAUUACCACACCACUAAUUUUGACUGCAAAAUCAAACCAAAAACAAAAUAAAAGGCUCUUUCUUUCUUUCUUCUUCUUCUUCUUCUUAUUUAGCUUUGGAGCUUAUAUUAUGAUCAGAAGAAGAAUCUCUCUUACAGUCUCACUCAUUAUUAUGGAUAUGGUUAUGCUUAUAAUGUUGGUCCCAACUUCAGAUUUCUCUUCAAACUAUUAACAACAACAAAAUCUCACUUCCAUUUUUAACCAUGGAAUAUGAAAGGAUCCAAAAGCCUCAGGGUGGUGGUGGAGGAGGAGGAGGUGGUGGAUUUUCGCCUGGAAAGUUGAGGAACAUGCUUAUGGGAGUAGAGAAACAGAGGAAGAAAGAAGAAGACCUCAUUGAAUCAGCCUUCACAUUGAGAUCUCAACCUUUUGAUGUUGAUGAAUCUGGUGGCAAUAGUUCUGAUACCUGCAAAGAUGUAGAUGUUGUGAGUGUUCUUCCUGACUUCUCAACCUCAGUGACAUCUGAUUCGUUAGGCUUGGAUAUGGUUAGUGAUCGUAGAUUGAAGGAUAAUAGUACAUUAGUAAAUUCAAGAGCUAGAAAUCAACAAGAUCCACCUUUAGAUUAUGAUUGUGGGCAGGAUGGAAUGAGCAUUUCCUCAUCAAUCUUUGAGUUUCAGAAGGGUGAGAGGACCCAACAAAGAGUUCCCCUUGCUCCUUUCUCCAAGCCAGCUCCUUCGAAAUGGGACGAUGCCCAGAAAUGGAUAGCAAGUCCUACCUCUAACCGGCCUAAGGGAGGGCAGGCUGGCCAGGGAGCUGGAUCACGUAAGGUGGGUGGUCUUAGCUAUGGGAGCCGGCAACAGUCUACAAAGACUGUUGUUGAAGUUCCAGAUCAAAGAGUGGUAGCUUCCGAAGAACCUGAUACGAAACAGAUGGAUACAAAUCAAACUAAGAUGGAAAGUUGGGGUCAAAAGCUUCUACCUUGGGAGGCUGACUCAUAUCCUACUGCAGAUUCGUAUAGCAAGCCUGUGCUCAUGAUCGAAAACUCAGUUGGAGAAUCAGCAAUCAAUCUCAGCCGUCAUAGCUCAUCUGUAGCCAUCCAGAGCGCACUGACAUUUAUUCCACCUCCUUCAACAGCUAGAUCAGUAUCAAUGAGAGAUAUGGGCACAGAAAUGACACCUAUUGCUAGUCAAGAACCUUCUCGGACUGGAACUCCCGUGAGGGCUACAACACCAAGUCGCAGCCCAAUUUCUUCACUUCCUUCUACUCCGGGCAGAACAGCGCUGGAGUCAUCUUCAACUGAUCCACCGAUUGUCAAUCUGGAUCCUACCAAUGGAUUGUCUGAGAAAGAGCUGCAAAUAAGAACUAGGAGAGAAAUUAUUGCUCUUGGUACACAGCUUGGUAAAGCAAACAUUGCUGCCUGGGCUAGCAAAGAAGAUGAGGAUAAAGAUGCAUCCUCUUCAUUAAAAAACAUAGCAGCAGAACAACAAGCUCAAAAUGUUAUAGAGACCCGUGCAACGGCAUGGGAGGAAGCAGAGAAAGCCAAGUACAUGGCCAGGUUCAAACGAGAAGAGAUGAAAAUUCAAGCAUGGGAAAAUCACCAGAAAGCAAAAACAGAAGCUGAGUUGAGGAAAAUUGAGGUAGAAGUUGAAAAAAUGCGAGGGCGAGCUCACGAUAAGCUUAUGAACAAGCUUGCAUCUGCAAGGCAUAAGGCCGAAGAAAAACGAGCAGCAGCAGAAGCUAAGAGAAGCCAGCAGGCUGCAAAAACAGAACAACAAGCAGAGUACAUUCGAAGAACUGGUCGCGUUCCUUCCUUAUUCUACUGUUGGAAUUGGUGCUCUUGAAUUUUAUUCCUUUCUUGAAGAGGAAUUUUCUUUUCAAUGUUUUUUUUUUGUCAACGUCACUGAUACUCUUACAUAUUGUCUACACGAGCAUGUCAAAAUGUUUAGCUCAAAACCAUUCCUUGUUUAGAAAAGUUAUGCUUCUUACAAUAUUCAAAUGAAGUCUUCUUUUGUACAUAGACCUUUGGUUUUUGAUAGCAAGCAUUAUUUCUCUUGCAAGUUUAA